UAAUUGAUCCAUGUUCGGUUACAACUUAGAAGUCUGGAGGAGUAUAAAACAGAAGAAAGAGAGAGAAAAUCGACGUGGAGGUUUACUCAGAUGACAACCUUAGUGGGCAAAGUCCCAUGAAUGCUCUCUCUCUCUCUCUCUCUUUCUUUCUCUCUCCGUAACCUUCUUCUUCUUCUUCUUCUUCAGCUAUUAGCUUUGGCUACCGUGUUUUCUACUCGUUAGGUUUCUAGAUUUCAAGAGAGAUGGAGGGUGAAGGAGGUGAGAGAGGGACGAGGAAGAGAGUGGCGGAGAGUGGUGGCGGAGAGAGAAGGUAUAAAGGGAUAAGGAUGAGGAAGUGGGGGAAGUGGGUCGCUGAGAUUAGAGAACCAAACAAGCCGCCUCAACUUCCCCGAGCUUCUCGCCGGAGAACCCCCUCCUUCCCUUGUCGGCGCCUGCGACAUGUCCGCCGCUUCCAUAAGGAAGAAAGCCACCGAGGUCGGCGCCAGAGUCGAUGCCCUCCAGGCCGCCACUCUUCACCACCACCACUUAGCUGCGCCGCCGCAGGAGCUUAUAUCGGGGCGGUCCGGAGAUUUUGCGGAGCGGGUUGAUUUGAACAAGAUACCAGAACCCGAAGAUUGUGAAUGGGAGAUGAAUUAAAGAAAAGAAGGGUGUUUUGGUUUUGUCUUGUCCCUUGUUGCUGCUGUUACGUUGUUGUUCCAACACGCUAACGUGCGCCAUGGGAAGGUGGUGUAACGGCGGAGGCAAAAGGAUAGUGAUUGUUAUUGAUGAGGCCCAAGGUCCUUUUCGGGUGUGGAUUAGUGUAACUCUUUUAUCUUUUUCUUCUUCCUUGCUAGUUUCUUUCUUUCUUUUUUCUGAAGAAAUUUUGGCGUUGUAAAAAUGUUAAAAUGUAAAUUAAGUAGUGAUUAGCCUUCUUCGUUGUUUUA